UCCCAAACCAAAAAGAAAAUAAAACCCCCAUUUUCAUCUCCCACUCUCUAACUCACCAAACACAGCCUAGAGAGAGAGAGAGAGGCUUAAGCUGAACCUGAACAGCAAUGGCUUCCACAACUGCAUCUCUAACUCUAUCCCAAGCCCUUCUGACCAGAGCCAUUUCUCACCAAUCCUCCGAUCACCGCCUCUCUCUACCCUCCACUCCGUCGCUCUCCUCUUUCACCGGACUCAAGUCCACACGCGCCGCCGUCUCCGGUCGCCGACGAUUCCCAGCUCGGAAAAUCCAAACCGUUGUGAAAUCCUCUGCUGUUGAGACUGUUGAUGUCACUACUGAGACUUCUUUGGUUGAUAAAUCUGUUAAUACAAUCAGAUUUCUUGCUAUUGAUGCUGUUGAAAAGGCGAAUUCGGGUCAUCCGGGUUUGCCCAUGGGCUGUGCGCCCGUGGGUCAUAUCUUGUAUGAUGAAAUUAUGAGAUAUAACCCGAAGAAUCCGUACUGGUUCAACCGUGAUCGGUUUGUUUUGUCUGCUGGUCAUGGUUGUAUGUUGCAGUAUGCUCUGCUUCACCUUGCUGGUUAUGAUAGUGUCAAGGAGGAAGAUUUGAAGCAAUUCCGUCAAUGGGAAAGCAGAACCCCGGGACAUCCCGAGAAUUUCGAGACUCCUGGUGUUGAAGUUACAACUGGUCCUCUUGGACAGGGUAUUGCCAAUGCGGUUGGUUUGGCUCUUGCCGAGAAGCACUUGGCAGCUCGCUACAACAAACCAGACAGUGAAAUCGUCGAUCACUACACAUAUUGUAUCUUAGGAGAUGGUUGUCAGAUGGAGGGUAUUGCAAAUGAAGCUUGUUCGCUUGCUGGACAUUGGGGUCUAGGAAAGCUUAUAGCUUUCUAUGAUGACAACCACAUUUCCAUUGAUGGUGACACCGCGAUUGCAUUCACUGAGAGCGUUGACAAACGUUUUGAGGGUCUAGGAUGGCAUGUUAUCUGGGUAAAGAAUGGAAACACUGGCUAUGAUGAAAUUCGUGCUGCCAUUAAGGAGGCCAAGACAGUGACGGACAAACCCACUUUGAUCAAGUUCACUACAACCAUAGGUUAUGGAUCUCCAAACAAGGCAAACUCAUAUAGUGUUCAUGGGAGUGCAUUGGGUGCCAAAGAAGUCGAAGCUACUAGAAAGAACCUUGGAUGGCCUUACGAGCCUUUCUUUGUUCCCGAGGAUGUUAAGAGUCACUGGAGUCGCCAUGUUCCAGAGGGUGCUUCUUUGGAAGCUGAAUGGAAUGCAAAGUUUGCAGAGUAUGAAAAGAAGUACACAGAGGAAGCUGCAGAAUUGAAAUCUAUAAUCAAUGGUGAACUGCCUGCCGGAUGGGAAAAUGCACUUCCAAGAUACACUCCUGAGAUCCCAGCAGAAGCUACAAGAAACUUGUCUCAGACAAACUUAAAUGCUCUUGCACCAGUGCUCCCUGGUCUUCUUGGUGGCAGUGCAGAUCUUGCUUCUUCAAACAUGACCUUGUUGAAAAUGUUUGGGGACUUCCAGAAGGAUACCCCUGAAGAACGAAAUGUUAGAUUUGGUGUCAGGGAACACGGAAUGGGAGCCAUCUGCAACGGUAUUGCACUUCACAGCCCUGGCUUGAUCCCAUACUGCGCUACCUUCUUUGUUUUCACUGACUACAUGAGGGGUGCUAUAAGGAUUUCUGCCUUGUCGGAGGCUGGAGUUAUCUAUAUUAUGACACACGACUCAAUUGGUCUCGGUGAAGAUGGACCAACCCAUCAACCAAUCGAGCACCUGGCAAGCUUCCGUGCAAUGCCUAACAUUUUGAUGCUCCGUCCAGCCGAUGGAAAUGAAACUGCCGGUGCCUACAAGGUAGCUGUCCUCAACAGGAAGAGACCCUCUAUCCUUGCUUUAUCUAGACAAAAGCUGGCCCAGCUUCCUGGAACCUCCAUCGAGGGAGUCGAAAAGGGUGGAUAUAUCAUUUCCGAUAAUUCAUCAGGAAACAAGCCCGAUGUCAUUUUGAUCGGAACUGGUUCUGAGUUGGAAAUUGCUGCCCAGGCUGCCGACAAACUCAGGAAGGAGGGCAAGGCUGUUAGAGUUGUGUCAUUUGUGUCAUGGGAGCUUUAUGAUGAGCAAUCAGAUGCCUACAAGGAAAGCGUAUUGCCCGCAGCUGUCACCGCUAGGGUUAGCAUUGAAGCUGGAUCUACAUUUGGAUGGGCGAAGAUUGUCGGAAGCAAAGGCAAAGCUAUUGGAAUUGACCGAUUCGGCGCUAGUGCACCAGCUGGCAAGAUAUACAAGGAGUUCGGAAUUACACCAGAGGGUGUCAUUGCUGCAGCCAAAGAAGUUAUGUAGGCUGUUAUAUGAAAUUGUUCGAUUUGGGAUCUGAGUUAGAGAAUACAACGGAAAAAACCCGACUCCUAUUCCAUCACGACUUGAUCUGUUUGUUUUAAUAAAAGAAAAUCAAGAUUUUCUUCUCGAAUAGCGCAACAUAGCUAAGAAAACAAAAAAGGAGAGUUGGAUUAUAAACUCUUUGAGAGCUAUCUUGAGUUUUGUAAUUUGCUAUGGUUCUACUUGUAGUGAGGUUGACAAUUAUUUAUUACUGCGUUUUUAGUUCA